AUGGCAGCCAAGCCUGAAUCACUCCCUCAACUCUUCGAUGCUGUUAAGGCCAAGUUCCCCGAAUCCCUUGGACCUGACAGAUGGUACCUUGUUGCUGCAUCCUCCCUCAUCACGAAUUCUAACCCCACAAACUUCGCCCAGCUCUGGACCUAUUUGACAGCGCAAGGGGAAUAUCAAGCCCUUGAAAAGCGGCAAGCUCUCAAUAGACGACUGCGAGAGUUUCUGAUGAAACAAUGGGUCACCAUAGGCGUACCUAAGAGUGCUGUUGCUCUAUUCUCUUUGAUCAAAGAGGAGAAGCCUGGGGAUGCUGAUUUGAGCUUUACCAAAUCUCACGCUGCCCUUACCCCAGCUAACCGCGAGCGUGGCACUCAAUUCCUUCGCUAUCUCUACACCGAAGAGCAGAUGGAAGCUAUGUGGAAAAGCUGGGGUAAGGACUCGGAAUGGCUGACCAAGGAAAUUGUAUACGGCAUGUUUUAUGGUGAUGACACGAUUCUGGGGUUUGUGGAUACGGAGUUGAUUACGUAUACGGCUAUCAUGUGUCAAGGAUUACAGGUCACGAUCCACAAUCACCUCGGCGGACUGUUGGGCAUGGGCUUGAGCGUGGAAGAGAUCGAGGGAGUCACGGAAUGCGGAGAGCUUGUUGCGAAAUGGUCAGGAGUGGAUACAAGUGGUUGGCCAGAUGUGAGGGAGAUUGCAGCCGGGCUGAAGAAGUAA